CAGGAUAGCAAGUAGAAUCGAAAUCGCCUUUUUGACAGCAUUUAAAAAAAAUACUGUCUAACUUUCAACUUGAAUGAAUGCGUUGAUAUUUCCUACAGUUGCACCUACAUUGAGGCAUAUCGUUAAGGAGGUUCAUUCGAUCACGUCAAUCCUCUGGAACGUUUCUGCGGAGAGUAACGUAUGCUCUGGAGCUAGUAAUGCUGCCUUAGCUGAAACGUUUCAGCUACAGUGAAGAAAAUACCUUUCCGUUUUAUCGAAACUCCCCGGUGUAUCGGCGCCUGGCUAGUGGGAGUCGGAGCAUGCGUGUGAGGUCAGAGAUCAAAUUGGACGUGGAGCUGUGAUGCGUGCGGCGAGCUGCAGGAUGAACGCGGCGGCCAUUCUGAACGGCCUGCUGGUGUCGGUGGUGGCAGCACUGCUCUGGAAGUACGUGAGGCUAAGCGAGCACGCUGCAGUACUGGAGGAGGAGCUGCAGCUGACCCACCAGUCCCAGGAGUUGUCCCAGGCCCGGAUAGACUACCACGCUGCUCUGCUGGCCCUCCAGGAAUAUGGCACCCGUAUGGUCUGCACCGGCAAGAUGCACACUGAUCGCAUCUGCCGCUUCGACUACCUGUGCUACUGCACCGAGGCCGAGGAGUUUGUCUUCUUCCACAGCAACUCCUCCUUCAUGCUGCCCAACCUGGGGCCCCGGCGAUUCCAGCCGGCCCUGCUGGACCUGUCCUCUGUGGAGGAUCACAACACCCAGUACUUCAACUUCCUGGAGCUGCCCGCAGCUGCCCUCAAGUUCAUGCCCAAGCCUGUGUUCGUCCCUGACGUCACCCUCAUCCUCAACCGUUUCAAUCCGGAUAAUCUGAUGCAUGUGUUCCACGAUGACCUGCUUCCCAUCUUCUACACCAUGCAGCAGUACUCGGACCUGGACGAUGAGGCCCGCCUGGUCUUCAUGGAGGGCUGGGGUGAGGGCGCACACUUUGACCUCUACCGCCUGCUGAGCAGCAAGCAGCCACUUCUCAAAGAACAGCUGAGGAACUUUGGCAAACUUAUGUGCUUCACAAAGUCCUACGUGGGCUUGUCCAAGAUGACCACAUGGUACCAGUACGGCUUUGUCCAACCACAGGGCCCCAAAGCCAACAUCCUGGUCUCUGGGAACGAGAUCCGGCAGUUUUCCUCAUCGCUGAUGGAGAAGCUCAAUAUCACCACGCGAGGAGGAGAGGAGAGCGCAGCGGAGGAAAAGGACGAGUACAUCGUAGUGUUCAGUCGCUCCAUCAACAGACUCAUCCUGAACGAAGCGGAGCUGAUCCUUGCGUUAGCGCAGGAGUUCCAGAUGAGAGCGGUGACGGUGUCUCUGGAGGAGCAGACCUUCCCCAGCAUCGUCAAGGUCAUCAGCGGGGCCUCCAUAUUGGUCAGCAUGCACGGGGCCCAGCUGGUCUCCUCUCUCUUCCUCUCCCGGGGGGCCGUCGUAGUGGAGCUCUUUCCCUAUGCGGUCAACCCAGAGCAGUACACCCCUUACAAAACCCUGGCCUCUCUACCAGGCAUGGACCUGCAGUAUGUGGCCUGGAGGAACAUGGUGGAGGAGAACUCUGUGGCCUACCCAGAGAGGCCCUGGGAGCAGGGUGGUAUAGCCCACCUGGAUAAGGAAGASCAGGAMCACAUCCUGYCCAGUAAGGAAGUYCCRAGACACCUGUGRUGCCGCAACCCUGAGUGGCUCUAUCGCAUCUACCAGGACACCAUAGUGGACAUCCCUUCUUUACUAGAGGCUCUCAGAGCGACAGUGAAAAGCAGGCCCAACCUGAAGAAGGCCAAGCCUGCCAGCACGGUCCACCCAGGCCAGGUCAGAGAGCCCCAGUGCCAGACGUCGGUCCAGGCCACCAACGAGGCCAAGCUGACUGUGUCGUGGCAAAUCCCCUGGAACCUCAAGUACCUGAAGGUCAGGGAGGUGAAGUACGAAGUGUGGAUCCAGGAGCAAGGAGAGAACACGUACAUGCCUUAUAUUCUCCCCCACCAGAACUAUACCUUCUCUGAAAACAUCAAACCCUUUACGACGUACCUGGUGUGGGUGCGCUGCAUCUUUAACAAAAACCUCCUGGGGCCCUUUGCAGAUGUACUCACGUGCAGGACAUAAUUUGAGUUGAUAUUUACAGUUUCAAAUAUGUGACUGCUUGUUCCAGAUGAUCAGAUAUUGGGGCUGUGGAUUAUUGAAGGUGAUGCUAGAAAGGUUCUGUAUAAUUUCAGCCAGUAGUUUUGAAAGUAGCGCUCACGAGCCAAUAUGGGUCCCAGAAAAUGGUGCACAAUUGUAUAAGACGUCAUUCAUUUUGUAUGACAUGUUACGUCCUGCACGAUAAAUGUAUGUUUCCUGCAAUUCGUAUGAUAUGUUACGAAUUUGUAAGUGCUUAAGAUCCCGUUCAAUCUCUUUUUAAAAGGAACAUCUGUGAUUGAGGAUCGUCUCCGAUUUGAGGAUAGUUGAUAUGAUGUAAUCUGUAUCUAGGAUGAGAGACUGUGCUGUUUGAUGAGACAACCAUGUCCUCACACAGAGGAGAGUGAAAUGCAGUAGAAAUUCAAUGGCAUUUAGCAUGGGACGCAGGAAUACAUGAGUCACGAUUUAAGGAUGCAUGGACCUGCAGAAAGUGCUAUACAACAUGUCUUUUUGAAAUAUAGGAAUUUCCUUAAUAUACUUAUUUAUGAGCAAAAAUGUAUAGUAUAAAUUCAUUUAUGUUUUUUUUAUUAGUCUUAAACACUGAACCUAUCUAUACCUGUACUUAUUUAAGUAUGUAAUGCAGGUUUUCAGCAAAGCCCAGGUGGGACUUCAGGAUGACUUGGUCUUGGUUUCAUACUUAUUUGAUUGGUUUGUGAUUUGUUAUACAGUUAUCUGAUAAAUCACACCUUUGUGGCUUAGCCUACCCUCCUGCACAAAGUUGUAGCUUUGUCAUGUUGCCUUUAUAAUUGGCAAUUUACAUAAUUGCAGAAUGUUGCCAAAACCUUAAAGGGAUACUUUGAGAUUCUGGCAAUUUUCUACUUACCCAGAGUCAGAUGAACUCGUGGGUACCAUAUUUAUGCCUCUGCGUGCAGUAUGAAGGAAGUUAGAAGUAGUUUCGCGAGCCAAUUCUAACUAGCAUUAGCACAAUGACUGGAAGUCUAUAGGUAUCUGCUAGCUGGGUAUCUGCUUCAGGCCUGGGCAACUCCAGUCCUCGGGGACCUGAUUGGUGUGAUACUUUUCCCCCAUCCCUAGCAAACACACCUGAUUUAAACUAAUUGCGUUUUUAACUGAAGCUCAUGAUUAGUUGACUAUUGGAGUCAGGUGUGUUAGCUGGGGCAAAAGUGUGACACCAA